CUUUUGCCAAGUUUAAUCUCACAACAACCCUGUGAAGUAGAUGGUGGUGAGAGAUCAGGGGCUUCCAGAUGGGGAUUUCACACUGCAAAUUACGGUAUUCCAGUUUUGUAUUUCUGUAAAGUAACUUAUUGGAUUUUCUGCACCAAGGGUAAAUCCUGCCUGAAUGGAUGGGCAGAAACACAGGCAGGCAUUUUGAUGCUGGUAAUAUUAUGUAGGUGCUGGAGGGGGUGGAAAACAGAAUCUUGCCUGCAUGGGCAGUACUGACUUCACAAUAAGAACUUAUAGUUGACUAGUCCAAGGUAAGAAUGGGGGAGAUAUUUGAUUCAGAUCACAUUUAAAGGUGAACCACAUUUCAGAAAUGCAAACCAAAACAAAGCUGUUCUUCAAAAUGUGCACUUCUCUGAAUUUUGCAAUGCUAUUCUGCUCCCAAAACAACCAAGGUUUGCAUAAAAUGGGCGCAUGCUAAUUUAUAAGCAUAUGCAUUCAAAAAGAACUGCUGUAACUGAAAUAUAAAUAUUAUUAUGCCCACUAGCCUGUGUUUGGUUGUUAUGCUGAAUGUACCACUAAAUGCAGUACAUAGUUUUUUAAAAAGCCAAUGCAAAUCCCAUAGUCUGUAUGAGCCACAAACAGGAUACAAAAAGGAAAACAAAAAGGUAAAAGGAGUAGGAAGGGAUAUUUGAAUAAAUCCAUUUAAAAAGUGCAGUGAACACAGGCAUUCUGUUGGGUAGGCCCAGCCAAAGUCCCACCAUUCACCAGUUUCUCGGCCUCAGGAAUGUUUCUGCAGACAGUGUGGCAUUCUGGACUCUGCAACGCCAAUAAUAAUGUGCACUCCUGAUUGCAGGCUCCAAGGUGCAGAUGGAGAUUAUGUCCCAUCUGGGUCAGAGACAGGCAGACAGCUCUCACCAAGGACAAAGUCUGGAGCAUGGUGAUUCCAUCAUUUGCCUGACAAAGGCCAUUCCAAUGGCUUAAGUGGGUUCCUUGUGUUAACUGGAGGCGGGAAUCAGUCCUACAAUAGCUACAGCUGAUGGCAUUCAGGGCAGAGAGGGCUACACCUACAUUUUUUAUCUUACCUUCUUAUCUUAUCCCCACCCUUUAAAGGUAAACACUACACAGUGGACGCUCAGGUUGCAAAUGUGAUCCAUGCGGGAUGCAUGUUCGCAACCUGCAGCAGCGCGUCGCGAUUGGGCGAAUACGCAAAGCGUGAUUUAACGCUUCUGCGCAUGUGCGAGCCCCAGAACCCGGAAUUAACCCGUUCUGGUACUUCCGGGUUUCAGCGGGUCCGUAACCUGAAAAAAUACAACCUAAAGCAUCUAUAACCCGAGGUAUGACUGUAUUCAGAACAGUUUGAAACAUCUUACAAGAUAAUCGUAGCUUGGGGUCUCAGUAUUCACAGAAAAUAAUAACAAAAGUGUGAGAUAGAUAAAUAAACAGUGUAUGGGCCGGCAGAGGUGGGGAAAAGAGCUCAUUCCAUCAGCCAUGCUUAAAAGGCCAGCUCUAUCGAGUUGCCUCCUGCGUCUCUGAACAGUUGGCCAUUCAUCAUUAUUUGUGGUGUGCGAGUUUUGGCUGAUGCUGGAGCCUGGAGACACAGCAGCUGGUACUGCUCUGAGCUGGAACCAAAGCUAUGGGUCAGGGCUUCCCUGGAAACUGAAUGGGGUGGCAAACUCUAUUGGCUUGUGAGUCCUCCCACCCUGUGCUCAGGUUGCAUGUAUGUAAAUAAAACCACAUAUCCUAAAGAUGCCACAGUCUCCAUUGACCUUCAUUCCAAGGCCUCUUUUGUUGCUAUGUGUGUUUCCCCUACCCUGCUUAGUUACCAAAAGAACUUCCAAUAUGUGUAACUUUUCCUUGUGUGGGACUGGCUCCAGCCCCUCGAUCGUUUUGGUUGAUUUAUUUUGCAGCUUCACUAGGCUGACAAUAUUCUUCUUUGAUAGAUAGUGAGGGGUGGAAAUCAUGGACACCUUCCCUGCCACCCAAGGAAACUUGCAGUCUUUUCUUGACAGUCAUCAAAAAAGUAUUUCCUUUUAGGGCCAUGCAAAUAUAUGAGGUGAGCUGUUCUAAGUUCACCUGCAACUAGGUCCCGUCCAUAAGUUACAGCGUGCGCUUUCUUCCUAGACGGGCAAAGAUCGCCAGCUGUAAAACAAAACAGCCAGUUUCUAUCUUAACCACAGAGCACAAGCCAGUGACAGAUGGCUUGUGGGUGACAUAUGUCUUAUACUGAGGUCAUCAAGCAGAAGAGACAGUUUGAAAAACAUUUGAAAAUGAUUUUGAAACAGAUGCUGUCAGAGAAAGAAACAGCAUGUGAGACUAUAUACCGUUUCACAAGCUUGCUUUCUUUGUCAGAUAGUACCAGAUAUACUUUUCUCCUCAAAUAUUUUUAUUGAUUUUGCAGUAGCAUACAUCAAAUGAACACACUCUCAUCUGUAAGGGGGACAAAGGUCUUCUAACAACUCUCUGCACUGUUAAUAAACUACAGUUCCCAGGUUUCUUUGGGGGGGAGCCAUAAUUUCCAGUUUGUUUCCAGGCUCAAUUCAAGGUGCUCAUGUUAGUACAGUGUUUAAAGCCCUAAACAACUCAGGCCCCAAAUACGGGAAAGACCACUUCCUUCCCUACAGACCCUCUCAGGUGCUAAGAUCGGUGGGGGGAGCCCACUUGGUGGUUCCACCACCCUCAAAAACUCCCUUGAGAUGACACUUGAGAGGUAUAUUUUUAGGACCCACCUUAUUUCUGCAAUUUUAUAUUUUAUAUGCUGCUUUUAAUAUUGCAUUUUAAUAUUGCACAAUAUUGUGUUUUAAUUCUUUUAACCCACCCUGGGACCUUAGGUGAAGGGCAGGUAAUAAAUUGCAACAAUAGCAACAGUUUAAAGUGAUAUGAUACUGCUUUGAAUGGGUAGUGCAUGUGGUGGAGCCUCAGAAAAUGAGCUCAAUUUAUUGCUAGUAUGUAGGAUGAGCUGAGGAAGCCUUCCUUACCAAUUUGUCAGGCUGGCACAGGCACCCUUCAAUAAAGUAUGCCACAUGCUCUCAUGAUGCCCUGAGUACAUGCUAGUACCUAUAACAACACAUCUCCAUUCGUCACCUGCCUUUACAUAAGAAACUGCCUUAUACCGAGUGAAACCACUGGCUCACCUAGCUCAGUCUUAUCAACACUUAUGGCGAUGUAGACCAGCGGAAGCCCUGUGGUGCCCUCCAGAUGCUGUUGGACUACAGCUCCCAUUAUCCACUCCAGCAUGACCAAUGAUCAGGGAUGAUGGGUAUUGUAGUCCAGCAACAUCAGGAGGACAGCACUUCGGCUACCCCUAGUCUGAGCUUUCAUCCUGACCAGGAUGCCAGGGAUUAAACCUGACAAGCCUGUGCUCUCCCAUUGAGUUUACAGCCCUUUCCUUUCACAUCUCUGCACUGCAAACCACAGUGUACCUUUUGCCACGGCUAUGCAAUGGUGGUAUUUGUAUCACUGCUAUGCAAUUGCCUAUGAAAGCAAAGGGAGAUGAAUUCUGACUUGCACGUGCAUUUAGGAUCUCAUCAGCAAAUGGCAAAACGGUGACAGGCACAGCAGGCCAGGCCUUGGCAGGGAGGAAGGUAGACUUGUGUUAUAUGACUCAGUCCUACAACUCUCAGAAGCAUCUUCUCCCAACUAGUUUUUUCCAACUGAAUGUAACAGAGUUGAUUGCAGCUUGUGUGGCAGCAAGCUGCCCUUUCUGUGCCCUCGAAGGUAGCUAUAAAUCACUUUGUUCUUGCAACUGCACUCAGUAGGAGACAGACAUGGGGGUGAUAACAACAGAUAUACUCAGAUGGUUGCUCUACAGACACCUGCUCUUUAGAGUAAUAAAAGGAAGGCAAAAAGGCAGGUGAUUUAAGGUGUUCAGAAAUUUAACAUGCUGGGCUGUAAAGUGGAAGUCCAUGGAGUCCAUGCAGAAGGGCUCAGUGGUACAGCACCCACUUCACAUGCUAAAGGUCCAAGGUUUGAUCCCUAGCAUCUCCAGGAAGGGCUGGGAAUCUAAUGACUGAAAUCCUGGACAGCUACUGCCAGUCAGUGUACACAGUACCGAGCUAGAGGGACCAAUGGUCUGACUUCAAAUAAGGCAGCUUCCUAUGUUCCUAAUAGAUACAAUGCAAUGGUAACAGCUAUUUGGCCUUUUAUGCAGAAUGAAAUCCAGGACUCCAUUAGUAAGGACAUAGAGGCCCAGUUCACGUCAGGGCAUACUAUAGUUUGCUCCGAGUCUGGUUUUCAGGUUUGUUUUAUUUUAGCUGGCUGUAACUCAUCCUGUGACCUUGGGGUAAGGGUGGGUAAUUAAAUAAACAACAACAAAAACAACAACAACAGGAGAAGGAUGUUUACCACCACUGAACCAUGAUUUACUGUGAAAUUGUGAAUGAAACCAUUACUUGGAGAUUCAGGACAGAAGCUUGAUACCAGCAUUAAGGAAUGUAAUCUCCUGGGAUACUUGUCUAUAGCUUUUAUUAGAAAUUGGAGCAUUAAUAAUAGCAACACCAUUAAUAAUAAAAAUACAUCAGCAAUGUGCAUGGUGCUUUUGCUAAGUAUAAAAGGUCCCUGCCCUGAGGAACUCACAAUCUACAUCUUUAUCGCAAGAGACAGCAGGAAGGAGAAGAGAAAUGGUAUUUAUGUGAACUGCCCUGAGACCUUCAGCUACAGGGUGGUAUAGAAAAUCAAUCAAUCGAUGAAUCAAUCAAUCAAUCAAUCAAUCAAUCAAUCUUCCAUUGUCUCCUGAGACAUACAGAUGUCAUCCAUCCAAAACAAUGUACUUAGGCUUUGCCACAGCAGGGUAUGUGGACUAAAAAAUUGUGCCAAACAAAGGUGGGUGUUGAGAAAUCCGAAGGAAAUAAGAGAAUUUCCAAAAUAUGUUUAGAAGUGUCUUAACACUAUUGGGGAGGGUUAGGUAAAUCUGGAGAUAGGAAAGGUUGUGAUUCACUCAUCAGUUGCUCCAUGCUUUUGCUUUGUAAAAACCAAAGAUCACAAAGGGAUGGGAGAAGUUGCUACUCAGUGGAUUACUUAAGCAAAACCUGAAGUACAAGCUACCCAACAGAGAGGCAAGUAAACAACUGUAAAUUGCAGUUUACUGCAGUUUGGUACUUUCAUACCAUGAGAGUGUGGGAAGCUGCCUUAUAAUCAGGGCUUUUUUUCAGCCGGAACUCACCAAAACUCAGUUUUGGCACCCCUCAGGUGGGCGCUAUUGCCAUUUUAAGAGAACACAGGAGACAUUCAUAGUGAGUUCCUGCACCUCUUUUUCUAGAAAAACAGCACUGCUUAUACUGAAUCAGACAGACCAUUUGUCCAUCGAGCUCAGUAUUCUACGACUGGCAGGUCUCUCUGGGUAUUCAGACAGGAGAUGUUCCCAGUCCUACGUGGAGAUGCUGGGGCCUGAACCUAGAGCCUUCUGCAUUCAAAGCAUGCGCUCUGCCAGAGUUGCAGUCCUUCCUCUGAAUGCAGAAAUACAGAAUUUUGCCACUUGCUUAGAGAUAUACAAUGUUCCUGUAUGGCUGGUGCUGAACUGGACGAGUCUUUUAAAGAGCCUAAAUGGAAGCUAUAUGCAAACCAGUCUGGACACUUCUGAGAAAGGAGCAAAUUAUGUAAUAAGAAAAUAAACACCUGUUCUGAGUCACUGCUAUUUGUAAAAAAAAAUGCUUUGCAAUCUUCUGAAAAUAUGGUGAUUCACUAUAGUCAGGGCAUAGUAAUUGUUUUUGAUCAGCACAGUGACAGAAACUAAGCAAUAGAUACAGUUGCCUUACAAGCCUGGAGAGGAUGUCAUGACGCAGAGUAGAUUUUUGUGGGUUUGGCCCGAGUCCAUUGCCUUCCCAGUACUGCUCUGCACCUCACCAAUCUUCGUCCCCCAUAUUCCUGUUUUUAAGUUCACUGCAAGCUGUGUCUUUCUCAACACCCAAACUCAGCCUUUCAUCUGCGGUCUUUAAAAACCAAAACUGAACUUCUCCUUAGGCUGUUUCAACAGUAACUCCCUACGAUGAAGCAAAGAAGUCUAAUCAGGGAUUUUAUUCGUUCAUUUGCAGCACAAUCCUAUCUAAGCAAGACUACUCAGAAGGAAAAACCACUGAGUUUAACGGGCCUUACUCCCGGGUAAGAGCAUAAGACAGGAUUGCAGCCUCGGGGUAACUUUUUGCUUUUAAUUUAUUAACUUUGUUUCGAAGUAAAAUAAAAUUUCGUGGUGGUGGGGAACAAAACAUGUCGACAAAUUAUCCGGAUGCUGAACCACAGUUCUGGAUUGGGGCUACUACUUAUUAUUUUAGGAGGAGGAGAGGCCCAAAUCUAUACAGGUCUACUCAAAAGUAAGCCCCCCCCCCCAACUGGGUUGCCUGAAGGAUUUCCAAAGACUGGUCCUAGAUCGUUCAUAGCCUGAGACGCACCCUAACCCCGGGAGGGGCACCGCAUAGCUACAGUUCAACAGGGAUCCGGCGUGGUUUGUAUUUUGCUUUUCGGCGGCGCAGAUAUAUAACGUAAUGCGGCAACGUCACUCCGCCUGCGGCGGAGUUUUCUUACCGCAAACCGCGAUGUUGUUGUUGUUUUCUUUCAGCGAACACAGAAUGAAUGAGAACGGGCCGUACGGUGACGUCAGGAAAAAGAUGGCGAUGCCCAUGAACAGCGCGGGAGGGGGAGGAGAACGCGCAUGCGCUGCUUGACUGGCUGUAAGAGAAGGAAGAGUGCUUCCAAACGGUGAGGCGAAGAGUGUUGCAGGUAAUAGGCCUCUCCGCCUUGCUGGAGACUUCCCCCUGUACAACACCUGAAGUUUUCUUCCUAGGCCGUGCGCACAGCCCCCGCCUGAAGUUACUAGUUCAGCCGAGCCGGAGAUAAGGUUUUUGCGCCGCUGAUAAUAAUUGAGACCGGGGCUUUGAGGCCUACAGACGGAGGGUUAGUUCGGACAGCAUUUAGCUGGGAUAAGUAGGACUUCUCAGGAGAUACUGGAGGUGUCUCCUCUCUCACCCCCCCCCCCCGAUAUCCCAAUGAAGAUCGUAUCUCUGGAACAAAGGGAAUCCUUUUACGGGAAACUGGUGUGAAAUAAGGAGCAUUUACAGCCUUCUUUUUGUCGUAUUCCACAUUCCAGGCAGAGGGCCUUCUCAGUUGUGGCGCUCCUUCUGUGGAACGGCCUCCCUUCAGGUGUCAAGGAGAUAAAGAAUUACGUAACUUUUAGAAGGCAGUCUCGUAUCAGGAGGUUUUUAAUGCAUGAUGUUUUUAUUAUGUUUUUAGAUACGCUAUAUUCUGCCCAGAGUGGCUAGGGAAGCCCAACCAGAUGGGCGGGGUAUAAACAACAACAAUAAAAUAAAUCAGUCAGUUAAGAGAGCGACUUAAAAACAUAAAGCUGAAAAGUCUGUUUACACUGGCUACCUUGCUGAGUGUAUUUAAAAUCCUUAUGGAUGUUUACUGGUCAGUAUAUUCUACAAAAAUCCACAGGGCUUACUACUAUGUGUAUGUAAGAUAAAGCUGUUAAUAUUAAAUAUUUACAUAUGCACUUUCUAGUGGGGGUGGGAGAAGCUGGCUGCAAUUCUAAGCAUGCUUACUUAAUGAAAGGGAAUUCCGCUGGAUCAAAGACAGCUACCACCAAGUAUGCCUGAUUAGGAGUGGGCCGUUAGUAUAUUGUAGACCCUAAUGGAGCUGUAUGACUUACGAUUGUUCUUGGUCAGGCCAAUGAGUAACUUGUGGAAAGUUCAUUUCAGAUGCAUGGUCAUACAUGUCAGUAAUCCCAGGAGAGCCUCUGAAUUGUCUGAGCUUAUGGGAUUUUACACUGGAGAUUGUCUGUCACCAAGUUGCCUUAUUUUAGUAUUGGGAUGGGGAAGCUGUUGGCUCGCCAGAUGUUGUUGACAGCUCCCAUUGGCCAUGCUGGUUGGGGCUAAUGGGAGAUGGAAAUCUAGCAACAUCUGCAAGGCCAUGUGUUUUUAUCCUUGAGCUGGGAAAAGGUUGGUUGCUUCCCUGUCCUGCUGCUGGGGGAAAAGCUGGUGCAGGGGUGGGCAGGAGGAAUUAGGUCUUGAUUCAUGCAUCUUCCACACAGGGGAGGUAAGAACAUGACCCCGAGGGAGUGCUUCUUCUGAGCCUAAUUCCCGCCCCCCUUCUCUGCUGAAGUUCUCUUGACAGACCAUGUAAUGAUUUUUCUGCCUUCUGUAACAGCUAUAAUGCACUGUCUUUGAUGCUGUAUGGUUUUUAAUUGUAUUUUUACAGGCACUCCGUGGACCCCCUGAAUGAAGCUCAUGAAUCUGAGAAACCCUGCUCUGGAUUCAUUGUCUCCCAAUUGAUAUUUGGACCGCAUUAUAUACACACAGUAAUAAAGGUAAAGAAGGGGCACCUGUGGUGUUUGAACUGGGGAUACGUUAUGGUUCUGCUUUGCUGAAAUAACCAUGCUGUGGUUGGCCACUGUGAGAACAGGAUGUUGCAAUACAUGGGCCUUUAGUCUGAUCCUGCUAGGCUUUUCUUAUGUUUUUACAUUUAUCUCAUGGUUCAGCGUGAAUGACCAGCUUGUUUUUUUUAUUGAUCCUGCUGCUUGUAGAGAAGAAAAUACCAUGGAGGCCCCUCCCGUCACCAUGAUGCCUGUCACUGGAGGCACUAUUAACAUGAUGGAAUAUUUACUUCAAGGUAAGUCACAAGCAAGACUUGGCUUAACUGUAAUAUCUGAUUCAUUCCAUAUGACAUUCUACUGGAAGAAUAUAUGUUUCUUUAGCAAUGUAGGUGUUUUCCUUUUAUAGCUGCAGGACAGUUAAAGAAACAGAACAACUGUUGAGAUUGUGAGUGGACAACUCUAGGGUCUUUCCACAAAUAAAACCACAAACCUAAGUUGGGCACAGAGUAUAUACUCGAUAAUGAGCUGACCUUGAGUGUACCUGCAUGAUAGCUGUAUUAGCAAACACUUGUUUCACUUGGCCAAUUCACAUGGUUCUCUGAUCCAUGUUCCGUUCAGCAAGGCUGUUGUACUAUUUGCAGCUAGCCAUAGGUUUUAUUUUAAAAUGUUGGCAUGAUGCUACUGGACUGUCAGGGCAGUAGGAUGCUUUCCAUUUGUUAAUGGGGAUGGUUACCUGUUCAGUGAUGCUGUCUUAAUCCCUCCUUUCUCCCUCUAGGGAGUGUUUUGGAUCAAAGCCUGGAGAGCCUCCUUCAUCGACUCCGUGGCCUAUGUGAUAACAUGGAACCUGAGACCUUUCUGGAUCAUGAGAUGGUGUUCCUGCUCAAGGGGCAGCAGGCCAGCCCAUUUGUUCUCCGCACUCGGCGCUCAAUGGACAAAGCAGGCACUCCCUGGCACUUGCGGUACCUUGGGCAGCCAGAAAUGGGCGACAAAAACCGCCAUGCCUUGGUACGCAACUGUGUUGAUAUUGCCACAUCUGAGAACUUGACGGACUUCCUGGUGGAGAUGGGCUUCCGCAUGGACCAUGAGUUUGUUGCCAAGGGGCACGUGUUCCGCAAGGGCAUUAUGAAGAUUGUGGUGUACAAGAUCUUCCGCAUCCUGAUUCCAGGAAACACUGAUAACAUUGAGCCCUUGUCCCUCUCUUAUCUUGUGGAGCUCAGCAUUGUAGCACCAGCAGGACAAGACAUAGUUUCUGAUGACAUGAGGAGUUUUGCUGAGCAGCUAAAGCCUUUAGUUCACCUAGAGAAAAUUGAUCCUAAAAGACUGAUGUGAGCAAGAUGGCCAGCAGCUAAAGCUUGACUCUUUCCUGUUACAGAGACUGAGGAAUUGCAGAAAGCUUUAACGCAGGUGUGGAGAGCCUUUGACUCUUCAGGUGUUGCUGAACUAUGAUUCCCAUCAUCCCUGGCCAUUGACCAUACUUGCUGGGGGUGAUGCAAGUUUUUGUUCAGCCACAUCAGGAGGGGUAUAGGUCCCCCACUCUUGCUUUAACCAAUACUGAUAAGAGUUAUCUUGCUCAGACCUUUGAAAGCAAAACAAAAUUCAGAAGGUUGAGUUGGUCUCUUACUAAGUAAUAAUGGAUUUUAUUAUUAUUAUUACUUGGUGAUUCCAAAUAAAAUUAGUAUUGCAACUGGCUUUCUCUUACUGCAUUUUGGAGUUGGGGCAUCUAGUUUUUGUAAUUUAAAAUCAAAUCUUCCUCUUGCAGGAUGGGGGCAGAGCCAGCUACUAUAUCUUGCUAGAACUGAUGGGAGUUGUAGUCCAGCAACAAAUGGAGGGUUCAGCCUGGUUUAUACAAAAGAAUGGGCAACUUCCUACACGUACUGUUCCCUUUCUUCAGUUCACACCCCACAUCAUAAGACAAAUGAUGUACCUAGUGUUACUUAUCUGGUGCCAUCCCACUUUGCCAAGUGAUUUUUCUUCAUCGUUCAUGAAUAAAAUGUUGCCCUGGCCAUGUUUCAGUUAAGUCAGAAUGCAUAUGGAUUUCCUGCUACCAGCAUUUUAUCCCCACAACAGCCCUGUGAGAUAAGUUGGACUGGGAGGGAAUGGUCCCAAGUAUCUCUCAGCAGGUAUUUGAACCCAAGUUUCCCACGUCCUAGGUUUGUCCUUAUGUGCUACAUCACACUAGUUCUCCCAGAAUCUUAGUAUAGGAAGCUUGCAAGUUACUCAGGGAUUACAUUCCAGGAGUAAUGCCUAAAGCAAGAAUUGUGUGUAGUCAAAACACAUCGGAUUCAAUGUGGGUGGGAUUGCCAAAAUCUUUUUUCGCAGAUGCCCACCUCCUUUUCACCCCCUUUUGAAAAAUCUUACAAUUUUUUUUGCAAGUAAAGCUGAAUGCACACAAGUUAAAUGUGGAUACUGGGGAAAGGGAAAUUUUAGACCUGGAUAUUCCUUUUGGACCAAUGUCCUUUGGAUUUUAGUUUAUUCAGUUCGAACAUGUUUUUCUCCUCUUCUCUCCCUGCCGCUUGAAACUAAGAGCAUAGAAUAAGAUAUGGGUAGGUAAGCUUGGAAGAAUGGACAUCCUCUUAGUAUAAACAUACUGGGUUGAGCUGCUGGCUGUUGUGCAAUGAAUAUUACAAUAAGAAUUUAGUAGACUAAUUGGAGUAGAGGGGACAGGAUGUAUCCUUGUCUUAUUGCCAUUGCACAUUGAUGCUUUUAUGGUGAUAAUAAUAGAAUGAGUUACCCCUGUUGCAUUAACUUUGGAGAGACUGGAUUAUCAUGCCACAUGGCCAGCAAAGGCACAGGAAUUCAGGAGAGGAAUGGAGUGACUUCUCUCCCCAGGAAUUUCUCUCACUUUCUCCUUGUACAUUGUUAAAGAAUGAGCAGAAUGUCACAUCUAAGGUGCUGCUGCCAUUGAGACACAAGUGUUGCACAGAGGCACUAAUGACCAAUGACACCAGCUGUGCUUAUCCAAGGUGAGACCUGCACUGCAGCUUGGCUUGGUGCACUUAAUUAUUUCAUAGGAACAGAAUGUAACUUUGCCUCAGGACCUAAAAUAUGCCUACAGAAUCCUUUGUCCCUUACAGAAUAAUUACGCUGCUCUUUUGUUAUGUAAUUGGCAUAAGACUCAUCCUCUCUGAGCUGGAUCGUUUCAGAACCGGCCAUAAUUACUCCACUAAAGAGCUUCCAUUAUGCUAACACUAAUCAUAAUUAGUAUAAUUAUAGCUAAGUGAGUAGUAAAUGUUUAAUGCACUUGUCAUGUCCAAAUAAAAUAAAAUCCUCCUCCUAACUGUUUCCAGAUACUUCAAACUGGAGCUUAAUGGGAAUUGCUUCCCAGUAAAGCUGUAUGGCAUUGUCUUGCAAAGACAUGUUCUUGAGGGUCUAUUAUAUUCAUGAUUUACACUCCGCCCUUCAAUUAAACAAUUAGAGUGGCUUACAGUAAAAUAUAACAUCUAUAGAAAUAUUCUUAAAAUACCAAAUUUAUAAAAGCAGCAGUAACAUGUGCAUGAUAGAGUCACCUUCCCCUCCAACCGAUAAUC